AGCUUCUGCAACACUCCGCCACCGAGCGAGCGAGCCAGCCCGAAAGAUGACAUAUAUGGCUCUCCUCUUCGGUGCUCCGUCCUUUACCGGUAACCUCAACAUUCUCCGGCGGACCACGAUCUCCGAACGUCCAAGUCCAAGAAUCCGCUGCAGCGCGCAAGCAGCUCCCACGCGGAGAACGGCCAAUUACCAGCCAAACCUAUGGACUGCCGACCGGAUACAGUCACUCACAAGCAGCUCCGCCACGGUCGAAGAGGAGCGCAAGACUAAAGGGAUAGAUGAUUUGAAGGAGGAUGUUAGGAAACUGAUAUAUGAGAAGAAGGAAGUCGAGGACCAACUUCAACUCGUGGAUCACCUACAACAACUUGGUGUGGCUUAUCACUUCAAAGAUGAUAUCGAUGAUGUUUUACGGUGCCUUUACGGAUCUCUCGAAGACAUCAACAUGCUUUUAAAAGAUGAUCUCCAUGCCACAGCACUUGUGUUCAGGCUUCUCAGAGAAAACGGGUUCGAUGUUUCCGAAGAUUUAUUCAACAGAUUUAGAGACGAGAAGGGCGACUUCAAAGCUAGCCUGCAGCACGAGACCAAGGGAAUCCUGAGCUUGUAUGAGGCUUCCUAUGUCGCAAAGGAGGGCGAACUUGUACUGGAUCAAGCUACGGACUUCACCACUAAGCACCUCAAAUGCCUCAUGGAGAAGGGAUCGCUCGAGCCUCGUCUCAGGGAGCAUGUGGCACACGCCUUGGAGCUUCCACUGCAUUGGAGGAUGCAGAGGUUGCACACCAGGUGGUUCAUAGAAGCAUACCAAAGGGAAGCCACCAUGAACCCUGUUGUGCUUGAAUUGGCUAAGCUGGACUUCAACGUGGUUCAGGGCAUGUACAAGGGAGAACUCCGAGAACUCUCCAUAUGGUGGACCAAUCUCGGGCUUGCACAGAAGCUGUCAUUUUUCAGAGACAGGUUGACGGAGAACUUUCUGUGGACCGUAGGUUGUGCCUUUGAGCCACAAUUUUGGGAGUACAGGGAGAUACAGACAAAGGCAAACUGCUUAAUAGCAAUGCUGGAUGACGUUUAUGAUAUCUACGGCACCUUGAACGAACUCGAGCUUUUCACCGAAGCCAUUGAAAGAUGGGAUGCUAAUAAGAUCGACAGGCUUCCCGAUUACAUGAAGCUGUGUUUUCUGGCAAUCUUCAACGCGGCAAACGAGACAGGUUACAGAGUCAUGAAGGAGAAGGGCUUGGACAUAAUACCUUUCUUAAGGAAGGCAUGGACGGAUCUAUGCAAAGCGUUCCUGUUGGAAGCGAAAUGGUACAACCAGGGCCACAAGCCAAAGCUUGACGAGUACUUGGACAACGCGUGGAUGUCGUCUGGCGGUCAUGUCUUCAUGACCAAUGCUUAUUGCAUGAGCGACAACCUGACGAAAGAGUCGCUGGAAAGCUUCUCCACUUACCCCAAGGUUGCUAGGUGUUCGGCCAUGCUGUUCCGCCUCUACAACGAUUUGGCUACUUCGACGAUCGAGCUGGAAAGAGGAGAUGCGCCGUCGUCGAUCCAGUGCUACAUGCUGGAGAGUGGUGUUCCAGAGACGGCGGCACGCAGAAAGAUCAGGGAACUGAUAAAGGCCAACUGGAGAGGAAUAAAUGGAGAUCGGAGCUCUUCGUAUGGGGAAAUCUUCAAGACGGUGGCAGUCGGCCUCCCUCGGAUGUCACAGUUCAUCUACCAACACGGAGACGGAUACAGCGCACCCGAUGGAGAGACCAAGAAGCAAAUCGUGUCGUUGCUGUUCGAACCCCUCCAGCUCUAAAAAUUAUAAUCUCGCUGUAACGUGGAUGACCCAUUCGAAGAAGGUUGCAACGUUCCAUGAAAUAAGUGACGUACAGUGAAUUAGCACACAAGGACUUGGUUAUUCGAAAAAAAAAGAAAAAAAUAUAUUUCUAUUAUAUUAAA